UCAAGAUGCAUCCUACUACCGUUACUAGAAUGUUCCAACCGACCAAGAAGAUGUGGUCGCCUGUGCCCAAGGAGGAGCAUAGCGCCCACACUAUCUCGCAACGAUUGCGCCAAUGGAAGAAGAUUCCUCCCGAGUUGGUUCCUUUGGGAAUCGUCGUCGGUGUCGCUGUCGGAUUCGCUUUCUACUCUUUGGGUCGCAAACUUGUUGUUGAUAAGCAAAUGCGUCUCUCUAGACAAAACAGAGGAAAGGAAUAAACUAUUCAUCUACAAAGUUUCGGGGGGAUGGAAACAGACUGAGUGUCGGGAAAACGUUCAUACAUCAAAAGCGACACUGGGUGGAACACGCUGGAGGCAAGAAUGGAAUGAAGAAAUUAGAACGGAUGCAUCGGCCAAACCUCAAAUGAGUUGUACAGAAUUGGCCCUUAUUUCUCAUGAAUACAUAGUCUCCAUACCUGAUAUCUCAUGCUUUUCAUUGUCC